AUUAUUUUAAAGACGCCAUUUGAAACUAGUCCACAUAAUAAUAUUUCAAAGUAGUAAAGAAACUUGAGGUCUAUAUAAAUGGAGACAGGAAGUGUGUGACUCUUGUCUCCUACACUAAAUUCUCUGAGCUCUUUUCACCAAAAAGAGAGAAUGGUGUGCAGAGCAGAAGAAGCAAUGAAGCAAAGAGAGAUGAUCAAGAGAUGUAAAGAAGAUGAUCAACAGAAGAAGAAGAAGAAGACGCAAUCAAUAACAAAUUGCAACAAAGACAAAAGCUGCAAAUUCAAGCGAAGCACUAGUAAUCUCGAAAACGACGGAGCUUCCUCAGCUAUCUUCCUCCUCGCCUGCAUCGCCUGCUCCUCCUUCUCCCAUCAUCUCUAAUUAUUAAGUAACUACUAUCUUAGUUAUAACAGCCUCCACAGUUAAUUACUCUUCAAACUACGUUUAAUUACUAGUCUUAUAUUUGUUAAUUCUAUUUAUAUUUUUGUUCGAUAUGAGGUUUUUAAUCUGCACACUUUGGCAGGUAAUUUCUUGUACUUUAUUUUGUCUUAAAGUUUUUUAAUAUAUUAAUCUGUUUU